GUUCAAUUAUAUGCUCUGACUCCGCUAUGUUUCCAGGUGUUUCCCGGAACCAAGUCUUUAAGUGUUCCCCCAGCGGGGAGAGGUCGGGUGAAGAAAAGGUGGACAGUCAGUUUUUCAUGUAAAUCGCCAAAAGAGUGCCUUUAGCUCAGCUAAACGGAACUAUGUGGCCAUUGUAGCUCAUUGUUAACUUCCAUCUAUUGAAGAAACUCAUUAAAAGGAGUAACGGUGAACUUGUUGUGAGCCAGUCUGCCCUUUUCCACGAAACCGACACCGGAAUAAUAAAAUUCUGUGGUGAUGUUUUAUUUUGGGAUCAUUGCCCUCACGCAAGCGUUUUCAUUUUCGAGGAAUUAUAUUAGUCGAUGGCGUUGCCUCCACUAGCCUACGUGUAGCCGUACCCACCUAAGGAUAUAACUAUAAAACGGCGAUGUGGUAGUUUUGGAUGACGGAACUUUCGUUUUCCAAACGAAAAAGCGAUCACCGUGUAAAAGACAUUUAUCGGAAUCACGGAGCUACCAAGUCUGAGGUGAGUUUUGACGUAAAAGAGUUGACAGUCUUGAAACUGUCUGAUUGGCCAACAGACUAUAGUGCGCAAGACAUUUUCUUGUACAAGAUGACGGUGUUGUGGUUGGUUGGUUUUAUUUUGGCUGUUCUUUGGUUAACAAGACUAACGUUUACCCUUCUAUUCGCUGUGCCCGCAUUUGUCUGUCUUGCAAAUGAAACGAGCACUGAAACGUGUGGAAGUCAUGUCUUCACCCAGGCAGCGAAGGACGAGAUCAACAUGGCGGGCACAUUCAUCGAAUCGGGUAGUUCGCUCGCGAUAACAUUGUUGAUAUUUUGCUGGGGAAAAUUCAACGUGGUGAACUUCUUCCUCGCAGCUCCUCGACUAGCUGUAUUUUGGUUCUGGUUAGGUUUAUUUUGCGUCCAGAUAAUCACGAUUGUCAACAUGGAUUUUCUCCCUAGUCAGUUGAACUUGCAAUUUCUUGGUGUGAGUCUACUUCUAGAGUUUACAACUCUAAUCUUCUUGUGUCUCGCUCUCAAGUUUAUCGAGAAAUCGACCGUCAAAGCAUGGAUUCGUAGAACAGUCGACAGUGAACACUGGACGGCGUUCUUGUAUUAUCUCUACGUGUUAACACUGUGGAUGUACUUGCUGCGGAAUCUAGCCCUGGUGUCUUACGACAUGGCCAUGUUCGCGAGGAAAAUCGACCGACACGCAAAAGAUAAACAGAUCGAUAAUCUUCUGCUUAUUUCAAACAUCGCAACCAGGGGCAGCUUCGUGCAGUUUUUCUAUGCUUCUAUAUUUAGAAAUCCAAAGCUAUCGACAGUGUGUAAGGUGGCCGAUCAGACCCGGCCACUUGCGCAUCUCCAGCACCUCCAGGAUCCGCUCUUUGUAACUAGUCGAACUAGAAGUCAAGGCUCCGCGAGCAAUCAGGAGGUAUUAAUUGCAUGGGAACCAUACAUAAGGUGAAUGACUUCCCACGGGAGAACAUAGUGAAAUAAUCACUUAAGAAACCAUUGAGAGAAUGUUACAACUGAACAAACGACCCUCUUGCUCGACUCUUGCAUAAUAAAAAACAGUGGACAAGAUAGGUCAAAGUUGAAUCCGGCCGGGAAGAUACGCAGAUGUUAAUGGGAAUAGACUUCUUACUAGUCGAUUUUCUUUUCAGCUCAGAAAAUAAGUCUUGGACUUUGAGAAAGUCUUUGUGGAACUUGAAAACCCGUAUAUUCCACCCACUUGGUCGAGCAGCAGGAACAAGAUUAAUUGGCCCGUCGCAGAAAUCUCAGCCCAUUUGAACUUACAUGUAAAUAAACUGUUUUGCAUUUGUGAAUGCGAUGUCUCAGUGCAUCAAGUGUAACAGUAUGUUUGUUUGUUACGUUACGUUACGUUACGUUUGUUAAAGUUCUGGUUCACACGGUAUGCCGGUUUUGUUUUGUUAUGUUGUGCGUUGUGUUUGUUACGUUACGUUAUAAUUACCAUGUUACGUCUGAUUAUGUCAUGUCAUGUGAAUAUUCAUUGCAAUAGUUUCUGGUAAUUUUCUCGGCUACUUAAUGCUGCUUUUCACUAGCGACGGAGUUCAUAGUCGGAGUCGUAGUCAGAGCCGCAGAGUGAUAUGAUGUUGAGAAAUUCAAACCAACGGAGUCGGAAGCAGAAAACCGAUUCCCGAUCCGCUUAUGGCUCCGUCGCUUAUGAUCCAGUGAAAACUACAUUGUCGGAGUCGGAAGCAGAAGCGGAAGGAUAAACCAAUCACAAUG